CCUACAAGCAAUGGAAUAUAACUAAGCUGUUCGAUCAUUUUCCACAGCAGCGAUGGACGUUCCUGUCUUUAAGAGGUGGGUCUACCAGACUCCUGCUUUAGUCUACAAAAGAGAAAGCGGCACUCUUCUGGUCUUUUCAAGUGUGACAGCUGGUGGAACAAGUAGAAAGCUGCUUAUGAAGAGAGGAGUCGUGAAAAAAUCAUCAGAUACUUUGUCACUAGAGUUUGACCAGAAGAAAAUGGUGAAAGAAGCCGACCUACCCGGACACAGCUCCAUCAACCCCUGCCCAGUGUUUGAUGAAAAGGAGAACAAACUCUUCCUGUUUUUCAUCAUCUCCAGUACUGAACAGCAGCAGGAAGAACACCCCUGUCACAAGACUCGUCUAUGCUACUUAACAAGUGACAAUUUUGGAGAAAGCUGGAGUGAAGUGACUCAUCUGACUGCAUGUCUGCCUGAACACUGCGUCACUUUAGCAAUCGGACCAGGACAUGGCCUUCAAACGAAAAACGGACGACUGAUCAUCCCGACGUAUGCUUGCGUGGAUGAAAACCCUGCUGAUGACAAACCCGUUCCACAUGCAGUCGCCUUGUAUAGUGACGAUGGAGGAGAAAGCUGGCAGUUUGGCAGUUUGAUUCAAGAUAAAUCAGCUGGGUGUCAAAUGGCAGAAAUUUGGGGAGAAGAAGGCAGGCUCAUCUACUGCAAUGCUUCUAACGAGAGCGGGCGACUGGUGGAAGCCUUCAGUAAGGAUAAUGGAGACACGUUUGUCGUAUCUGAAGGUGGGAAGCUUACCAACACACCUUCAGGCAAUCAGGGAAGUUUGCUCUCUUUACCAGUUCAAAAUGCAGCUGCAGUAAGAAGUGAUGCAAGCUGCACCCUAAACCAGUGGCUGCUCUUCACUCAACCCAACAGUGCAGGAACGGAGUUGAGAGUGUAUGUGAACAAAACUCCAUCUGAUCCAAAUGCCUGGACUGCACCCUGGAUACUCAACAGAGGACCCAGUGGCCACUCAGACAUGGUUUACCUCGGUGACGGCUGUAUUGCAUGUAUAUUUGAGACCGGGGAGGAUGAAAGCAUCGACAGUGUUGCCAUGAAGAUCUUCUUCUUCUCUGACAUCAAGCCCAACACUGAAGAUAAAACAAAUGGGCGCCCCUGCAUGAUUAUGUAGACCAGUUAGGUCUACUCCUGAUAUUUGUUGAUUAAAAAUUGAUUUCACCAUAACAAAA